UUCUGACAGGUAGUAUAAAAUACUGUGUAAUGGAGCCCACCCACUGUGGAUAUUUUAUCUUUCUAUCGUUCUCCUCCACACACCAGUAUGCUCUGUUUCCCCCAUUUACAUUCUAUCUCUAUCUCUCCAUCGCCAUUGUUUCUACGGAAGUUCUUCCCUCUGGUUAUGAGUAUAUUGAUUUGAAGCCACGAAGCAGCUGUAGGACAUAUAAGAUCUGAUUUUAGGCCGGGAUGAGUUGAAGGUACUGACUGGGAUCUCUCUGUCCAUCAUUUAUCCAAGAUCUUAGCGGGACAUCAAUAUUUUCGCCGCUGAGGAAAGCAAAUAAGGCUAAUAUGGAUAGUGAGAGGGACAGCAUCCCAGGCAGUUUUAUGGAACUACUAAACAUGGUUGAGCAGCCCAUGUCAAAUUUCAAUCAAGAAAACACUAUGAACUCAAUACCCGAAGAAAGUUCGUGCUUUUCUGAUAGACCAUAUUGUUCAGAAGACACUGAUGUACUUUCGAGACCUAACUUAAGGGUUGACACUUAUGAUUAUGUCGAUGAGUCAAAUGAAGUUCAGUCCAGUCUUGAAUGUAUGAAAGAAAAGUUUGCGAUUGCUGAUAUGAUUUCUGCCCCUGAAAAUCUUGACGAGCAGUACUUAUUUUCUGCAUACAAUGUUCAGAAUGAGGAGUCUGAUUCUAAUGAACGAUACCUUGAAGGAGGACAAGUUGGAGCUGUGGAACACGGGAUUAGAAGUUUUUGUGAAGACACAUCUGUUCAAAUGUUAAAGACGAUUGUUGGUAUGAAGUUUUCAUCAAAGGCAGAAGCAUAUGACUUCUACAAUACAUAUUCUUGGGUGCUUGGUUUCAGUAUUCGGAAUGGUGAUAAUUAUAUUAAUUGCAAUGGCGUACAGACAAUGCAGGAAUUAAUUUGCCAACGAGCGGGAAUCACCAAGAAUACUAAAUAUGCAACUACUAGAUGUGGUUGCAAAGCAACACUCAGGGUACAUCUUAAUGAAAAUUCAGAAUGGUAUGUCAAAGUUUUUAGGGAGGAACACAAUCAUUCCCUUGUAGAAUCUUGUAGCGAGAAGAAGCACCUGCAUUCACAUCAACAUAUUGACAAGCCAAUAAGAGAUUUAAUAAAGAAUCUUCGGGAGAAUAAUGUUUCACUAACGAGGGUUAAUUCUAUAGUAGCAGGUUUCUAUGGCUCAACAAAGAAAGUACCAUUCUGUAAGAGGAAGUUGCGAACUGUAUGUUCUCAGAUUGCUAGUGAAACACUUCAGGACGACAUUGCUAAGACACUGGAGAACUUCCGUGAUAUGAUAGCACUGGACGAUAGAUUUGCUUUUUGUGCACAGGUUGAUGAUGACAACAGGCUUAAGUCACUAAUGUGGACUACUGGAAGGAGUAGAUCAUUAUAUAAUCACUUUGGAGAUGCAAUAACUUUUGACACUACUUAUGGAACAAACAUCUACAAAAUGCCAUUUGGUAUGUUUGUAGGAGUUAGUAACCACUUUGAAAGUGUAAUUUUCGCUGGAGUGUUUUUGACUAAUGAGAAGGAAGAGAAUUUCUGUUGGGCUUUUAAGCAAUUUGUUGCUAUGAUGGGAGGAAAACACCGAGUUACUAUUCUUACAGAUUAGGCUAGAGCAAUUGGAAACGCAGUCAAGAAAGAGUUUCCUCAUGCAGAACAUAGAUGGUGCAAAUGGCACGUCCUGAAGAGGGCUCAUGAACUUCUUGGUGCUGUGUAUAGCAAGCACAAAACUUUUGCCGAUGAUUUCCAUAAGUUAGUGAACCACAGGCUGACUGUAGAAGAGUUUGAAGAUGCGUGGGAUUUCGUUACCGUCAAAUAUGGUUUGCAGGAACAUCCUUUCAUGACUAGAGCCUACGAGUGUAGGCACAAAUGGGCGAAACCAUAUUUUAGCAAAGUUUUCUGUGCCAGAAUGUGUAGCACUCAACGUAGUGAGUGUGCAAACUUUAUGCUGAAGAUACAUACUAUAUGCAAUUCUUCAAUAAAUGCAUUCAUUACACAAUACACUAAGCUUAUAGACGAUCGUGAGAGUUGUGAUGCAGAUGCUGAAAGGAAGAACAAACGGAAAAUAAUUAAGGUCCAUUUUGGAUAUCCAAUGGAGAAGCAUGCUUCAGUUAUCUAUACUGCGAAGGUUUAUAAUCUAUUCAAGAAGGAGCUCAUUAAGUCAACAUAAUACCUUGUGCUUCCUAGCUUGGAGGAACAUACUUUUGUUGUCAAGCACGUCUAGGCCGAGUCUAGGGAAUCGUGGUCGAAAGUUAUAUACAAAAUCAAAGUAGACGAGUCUAUUGGAUAUUACACUUGUGAAUGUGGACUUUACGAACAUUUUGGUGUUCUUUGUAGCCACGUCCUAGCGAUUUUUGUGAACAGAGGUGUCUGCAAAAUCCUCGAUUGUCAUAUAAUGAAGCGGUGGACAAAGCAAGCCAGGUCAUCUACUUUCAACAAUAAGUUGGAAAAGUAUAUCUGUGACACGAACGAGGAAUCUAGAUCAUUUAGGCACAAGCUAUUAUAUUUUGCUGUAAUAGAUAUAGUGAAUGAAGCUGAAACUGAUCCAGAUGCUUUUGCAAUAGCAAAGUCUAAUUUUACUCGCUGCAAGAAGGAAUUACAUGAGCACAAACUUUCAAAGACAACUACAUGCCAGGUCGGAUAUGGAUCAAUCCCUGAACAUGAAGUAAGUACACAGUCUGGUAUUCAACAGGAAGACGACGAAGUUGGUGAUUCAUGUAUUCAAAUAGUUGAUACCGCAAGAAAUCUCUCUAUUCUGGUAUCUUCAAUUCUUGCACCUGCUAUAAUGAAGAAGAACGGUAGACCAUCAAAUAAAAGGUACAUGUCUAGCAUGGAAGCAAACAUCAAGAAGAAGAAGAAACGUGGGAAAAAACCUGACCCGAAGAGCAAACAACCUGGUGGUGUGUUAGGGGUUGUCCAGUCAAGGUUUUGCAGCAAAUGUCGAUCACCAAUCCACACGAUAAAAAAUUGUCCUGAACUAUAUUUACCUUAAUGUUAUUUGUUUGCUUUAUGUGGUUUCAAUGAAAUGACUAAUGAAGUGUGUAAUGAUUGGCAACUGCUGUGUAUUAAUCGGUGAGCUAAGUUCCAUCUUAUUAACGUUAGUAUUUAUUUAUAAAGUAGGUUUGCCAUAUAAAUUCCGUAAUUUGAUUUCGAUGUCUUAUUUUCAACAUUCAUUUCUAUCCAUUGAAAUUCUGGAUAUCAAAUAUAAUGAGAAGAUAAUUUGCAUUAAUGCAUAUUAUUAUAUUCAUUACAUAGUUUUCCUGUUCAUAAUUUUUAUUAUUAAAGUGGACAUAUUUUGUAAUUACUUGUCAGAAAUUCGUAAUCAAUUGAAACAUGGUUUGAUAGAAUUGUAUAGCAUUUUUGGUAAGUUUUUAACUUUUAAUUACUUACCAGGUUAGUUUACCUUUUACAGUAAAACCAUUGCAAUUCGACAUCUCUUAUACAAAUGUUUUGUAAGAGAAAUCUCUCAUUAAUGGAAAGUUUCAAACAUUGUACAUAUCUAUAUUAACCUGAUUUUUAUGUUGCUGUCCUAUAUUGUUUGAAAGUUUGGUAAUUAAUUUUACUUUAGUAAAUGAGUAAGUACGAUAUAGUCCACUUUACUUUAAUUAUCAAACCAUUAUCGAGUGCAUUGAUCAAUUGUUACAUUGAUGUACAAUGUCUUACUAGUUUGUUAAUGUACAAUCCGUGUUGCGAGGAAUAUGUAUUAUGCAUUCUUACUAUAUAUUUCACAAUAACAAAUACUAAUUAUUUCUUCGUUAAUUGUUUAAAACGAAAUCAUUAAUGAUAUGUAUUUUUCUCAAGUAUUAUAAUUAAUAACAAUUAAACAUUGUUUCUUUAUUUUUUAAUUUCAACAUAGAUUAGUAACUUAUAGUUGUAUGUUUCAUAUUUCAAUAUUAUUGACUUCUUUUCAAUUGCAGUUAUUACUUUCUUUUAUAGUCAAAUGAAACUAAAAAUCAAUUUCAAUUAUCACUUAUAAUAAUUUACGUCUUAGGGUUGACAUUCAUUGUGCAAGAUUUGGGGCAUUCAUGAUUAUUAUUUGUUUUAAGUUAAGCUAUUUUAAUAAUGUUUGUAAUGUGAAAUUACAUUUAUGUAAACCGUACGAGCAUAACUACAAGUCUGAGAUUACAAUUACUUAUCAUUAAUCUAGUACUGUACGUAAUGCAUUAUUAUAACAGGAAGUAAUUUGAACAGAUGAAGUACAUUACUUUACUUACAAUUAUUUGUUUACUUGUGAAUAUUUUAUAGAGCGGUUGAAAAAUUACAAAUGGAUAGGAAAUGAUAUUCGAAUAAAUUGAAAUUUGUUACGUUCUGCAUAUUAUGGUACAGGUACAUGUGAUAUAAUGCAGAUAGAUUAACUACUUUCAAAGUAAAUUGAAAUCUGAAAAGUUUUCCAUAAUUUUUAUGAUACUUUGAAUACAAAUAAUAAUUGUCCUCAAGUAUUAUGAAAGUAGAUAACAUAAAUAUCUCAUACAAAAUAUUUAAAUAUCACGUCCAAUUGUUCAAUUCAACUCUGGUGCUAUUCCCCUAAUCAUCAAUUGUUUCUAUGUAGGAAGUAGGAACUGUUCCAUGGUUUCCUUUAAUGGACAUCAACUCAUACAACAACAAAGGCUUGAAUGACAUUAUUGUUUCCUGCAGAAGAAGGAACAUGUAAUGAAAUCUUAGUAAGAUGCAACAGAUUUUCAAGAAGGUAUAUGGAUAGAAGAUGUCACUAUUUUUGAUAAUUACCUGUGUGUGGGCUCCAAUAAUUGUGUCUCCAUGGAAAUCCCGAAUGGAUAUAAUCGUCACCAAACCAGAGUCGUCGCUGUCGAACAUUUCAGUAUUAGAAAAACCUAUACACAAAUAUUACUUGUGAAUGCAUUCUCAAAGUUUAAGCAAUAGUACCUGCUAGCACCGUGAAUUAUAGGCUUCAAGUAAUUGGUGUCCCAUGUGGUGAAAUCAACUUCCCAUUCAGAGUAAAGCUCUUUCACUACUUUUGUCAUUGCACAUAGAAUUUUCUUGACGUUUGAAUCAUGCAUCUUCUUUAGUUCAAUUUCAUUUGAUCGUACAUACGUUGGGUCAGCAACAUGUACACAUUUUAGCAUCAUGUCAAGGAAAUACGAGCACCAUGUAACAUUAACUAGAGCAGGAACUAUAAGAUUAAUAACCUAGUUAAUACGCCGUAAUUUGAUUGCUCCUUACAUAUUAUUUCUGAAAAUAAGAAACUUCGAAACAUAUAUAUUUAUUUGAUGCCAACAAACUUACGGUUCUGCACUCUGAUAUAUCAUAGAAUACUGCAAUCUUCCUAAACUGAUCAAGAAUAGAUCUGCUGGACAUAACAUUUUCAUUUCCUAGAACCAUCAUCUGCAUUCAUUAUAUCAAAUUGCAUUAUUUUCCAUUCAUAUUAAAAAACACACAAUAAUUACUAAUAAUCUAAUGUUAAUAUUUAUAUCUUGUUUAAUUUUAGGAAACUUACAGCGAAGUCGGACUCCAUUAUAUGCCUACACCUUUGCUUCUUUGAUGUGCCAUAAAUCAACAUUUCUAGUUGAACCAAUCUUCUGAUACAUAAAUCAAAUACUUCAUAGCUAAAUGGUUUGAAUAGUACGAGUGUAUCCUUCAAUUCAUUCCCUGUGACCUCUAUGUACCUUGGUUCAUAAUUUAUUAUCCAGCACCUGUUAUAGUUAAUGUAUGAGCUGUAUUAAUAAAUGUAUAUAUUUUGUAUAUGUCAUUCUUUAAAUGCACUAUACUUACACUUCAUUUUCCUCUUGCUUGCUGUGUAGUAUCCAAUUUGAGAAUGUAGCUAGCAUGGCUGAUGAUUUUUGAAGCAUUGUAGUACCGACAAGCACAUGAUUACUUGCCAAUUGACCGUUGCUUACUUUAAUUUUCUCAAUCGGUGAGUCCGUGAACUCUGCUUCAAGUGCUCUUGCAUUUAAGUUAAGGAUAUCUUCUCGCUGAAACAAACGGAAUGCAACAGCUAUUUCUGACAUCCUACUAGCAACUGUUGCUGGUGAAAGUUCAUUCCUUGGUGUUUGUACAUUCUCAAAUCUCGAUAUGUAUUAGAACAUGGUGUUUGUAGUGCAUUAGUUGGUGUUCUUGUUGCAUCCAUAUCUCCUGAAACUAAAAUAUUUGCAAAUUAAUUAGUAUCAACCAGAUAACUAUGGUUGUUGGACUUAUUUCAAUAUAGAAAACACAUGACAUAUAACGUAAUCAUUGCAGAAUAAACUACUAUGAGUUCAUAUAUAUUACCAGCAAUUUGAAACAUUUUGCUUUUGGAUGAGUCGAUUUUUUGGAAGUGCCUGAAUCAUUAAUAGAAAAAACUUAUCAGUAAAUAGUAUGCGUAGCAAAAGUUAAAUUUUGUUGCAAACUACUUACAAUCACUAUUUGAAUCAGCUCCGCUAUAUUCACUUCCAGAAUGCUUUAAACUGUUUAUGCACUUUGGUGGACCUUCUGAUCGAACUUCUACUGCCGGGACAUGCUCAUGAAGCCUCUUUGCUAAUUCAAGGUUAUAAUUUAAAAUGAUUUCCAAAAGAUUGUCUAUUUUGGCAUAUAAAUUAUCCGUUGCUAAUGUUGACAAUGCUUGGUUAUUACAAAUUGGUUGUGCAAUUGAUUUGAACUCAUUCAUAUGUCUUAUGAUCCUAGCACUGUGCCAUCUAAGAUCAAUUAUUUGAGGAAUGGAUAGCUGAUCAAAUAAAAAGUGUUAGCAUUGAAAGUUCAUUCUUCUAAAAUUUAUGUACUAUCCAAAUGUUAGAAUUAUGUACCUUCUUUGGUGUUGUUCCUUGUACAUAAGAAUCCAGGAAAAUAUUGAGUGGGCGCUUUGCAUGACUAGUAGUUUGUACUGUUGCAGGCUUGCUUGUGCCUUGGUAAGGUAUAAAUGGAGGUUUAUUCAUUGUAACAGUUGCAAAAUUGUAUUUAGUAGCAGCUUCGUUACGAACAUUUUGUUUCCUGUUCCUGAAUGACUUUACCUGAUAAACAUAGAAAACAAAUUUGAUUAGUUACACAAAAUCUAAUAAAUUUUAUAUUAUAGCAUACUAAAUAUAAUUGCACCUCAUUAGAUCCAAAAUAAUCAUUAUCAGACUUCUGCCUCACAAGUUCUAUCAUCUUUGACAUCUUUUCACAAUCAAACGCAGAUAUAGUAGGCACUACAUAAUCAGGUAUGUUCAGAAAGCCAAGAUUGAGGCUGUCUAAAACGAAAGCCUGUUGUAUUUUUAUGAAAGCAAAACAAUUAGUUUCAUUGAAUUGUCAAAUGAUAAACUAGAAGAAAGAAAAAAUGAAUAUGCAUCGUACUUAUUUGAAUUAAAUUACUCACCUGCAAGAGUAGCGGGCGGCUAGAAACAUAUUUGAUAGAUUUUUUGGUUUUAAAUUCAUACUGAGCUUUUCUUGCUGCAUUCAUAAUUUCAUCAAUUGCUGCUGAGCAGAAGUUGUAUGAUGGUAUUUCAUUUGGUGUGAGUAGUGAACCCCAGAAAUCUUUGGCACCAUGAUUUGCACUGCUACAAGCUAUUAAGAAAUAACCCAGUAUGAAGCAAACAAAAGAAGUCUUGAAUUGGUCAACCUGUGUUGCAUCCAUACCAUUUGGGUACUCCCUGCUUAUUAUUGUUUCAGCCACCUUCAAGUUGUUCAUCUCUUCAGGAUCGUAUGUAACAGAUCCCAUUGCAAGUCACAAGAAUUUAUUUUCUUGUCUACUGAUUGGCAGUCCAAUCCUCUCAAUAUCUUAGGACCUUUAGGUAUUCUUAGAAUUCUGUGUACAUCAUCAUCAGUUAUUCGCAGCGAAACUUUUCCAGCCUUAUUGUUCUAGUAUCAGGAUCAGUGUUGCAGAGUAGCAGUACUGUGAACUUUCUAUCUAACUUGUUUAUUUAUGGAAGGUCCAACAGUCCUCCAAAAUCCAUAUCUUUCACAAGCUUCCUUUUAUAAUUGUCAAACUUGCUUAUCACUGUUGCAACCUUUUUGCAAGAACUUCUAGGAGUUGCUGCAUCACAUUCAGAAGCAUCUGAAUUUUUAGAAUCAUUGGACGUCCUCUCUGAACUAUGAUCAUGUCCUGACAUGUUGUAGCAAAUCCUAGGAAAUUACAAUAGGUAACAAAUUAGAUUUCUUUCACUUUAAAUGAACUCUGUUUCAAUCAUUUCUUUAAAUAUGUAUAAUGAAAAAUUAUAUGGAUAAAGUUGAUAGACAAUGGUCAAGUAAAAUAUUCCAUUCUUUCUGUGUUAAAUCUAAUUCCAAUAUGCAGGAAAUUAGAUGAGUUAGCUUAGUUGUGGAAUGUAAGAACACAACCUAUUUUUUGGUUAUUUACUAUAUAUAUAUAUAUGUACAUAUCAGUAAAUAUGUUAUACGAUAUAUCUUCAGGAUAUACAUGUUUAUUAAUGUCUUCUAUUUUUCACUCGAUGAAAAUUUACAUUUGUUUUUUAGCGAGCACGUCAAUAAUAUUACACUUACAACUGUAAUUAAUGAAACAAUAUUGGAGUUAACCUUUGUAGUAGCAAGUGAAAUGAUAUAUCACUAAAUAUUCACAUUUCAAUGCAGAACUAAAAUUCUGUACAUAUCACUAAAUAUGUUAUACAAUACUUAUUCAUGAUAUACAUUUCUAUUAUUGUAAUGUGUUUUCCAGUGAAUAAAAAGUGAAAGGUGAUAUACAUGUUUACCAUAUUCCAGCAAACCAUUGUAACAGGAAUUGAAAUACUAUAUCAUUAACUUAACAUAUUUCAGUGUAGAAAAAAAACUAAGCUAUCUUGCAGGCAUUCAACACUUCCGAUUUGAUGGUCCAAAUAAACAUAGAGGUAUGUAGCAGAUUGGAAAAAAAUAGUAAGUUCUGCUCGAACGGAGCAGAAAUAUGUUUGUUCAACAGAAAGAAAAUUUAAGAGAUUGAACUAACUGAAACAGAAUCCUUACUAACCUCUUUUUGUUAAAGAAUCUUGUGUUUCUUCAGAUCAGUACAACUCUAGUUGCCAUCAUAAGCGCCGGGAUCUUUGGAUUGAGACUGGAAGAGAAGUAUCACUCUUUAGCUGAUGCAGUCAAGAGGUAGAAGAAGAACAUCAAUGGCGAUUGAGUGAGAGCUCUGGGUUACAGAGUUCUUGUAUGGCUGUGAGGUUGAGGUAUGGGCAGAGAUAGUGGGAGAGAUGGGUUGCCUAGUACCACGCGUGCUGUGACAGAAGUCGUUGCCUCGGUCUACGAAAUAGAUUGGACAUGGAUAUGACAACACACUACACUGCCUUAAUGGUUAGUACUAUUUGGUAGCAGACAUGUAAAUUUUACACAUUGGCCACCUAGUUAGCAUUCAUAUGUAAAUUCCUUUUGCCAGUAUUAUAUCACAUUAAAAAUUACAUGUCACUGAAACAAGAGACCCAACAGUGAAACUUCUUAUUGUAUGGAGGUGUUAUAUGUGAAAAAACAAGUAGGAGUGUUAUAAAAACAGUUGUCCUGGAUAUUUCCAUUGUCUGGUUUCAAAUUUUGGAGGUACAUUUUGGUGGGAAACUUACCUCUAGAAGUAGUAGUAUAAAAGCCAGGCUGAGACUUGUCCAUGCCCCCUCCCGAUGAAAAUCUUACUCCACAAUGAGCCAGGAAGAGAACAAUGUUGUGGCUCUCUCAGCCUUCACCAAUGGCAGCAUUGAUGCAAAUCCGAUGGAAGAAAAUCUUAGUUUCUCCAAG